GUGGGCAAUCCAGUUACGGCAAAGUGGACUCCGACGAGUUUGAAACCUCACUGACCUCCCGGCGGAGGAGGAAAGGAUUCUAGCGCCGCCGGCGGAGGGAAGCUUCGAGAGGGUUCUGGACCGGCGCGAUGAUCGUGUCGGCGCUGGCGACGGCGGUGGGCAUCAACCUGGGCCUGACGCUGCUGCUCGCCUCGGCCUACUCGCUCCUCCGCCGCCGCCCGCCCUACGUCUCCGUCUACUCCCCGCGCCGCCCCUACGCGGCCCCGCUCGAGUCCUGGCUGAUCUCCGCGUGGUGCCGCUCCGAGGACGACGUCCACGCCACCGCGGGGCUCGACGGCGUCGUCUUCGUCCGCAUCUUCGUCUUCAGCAUUAGGGUUUUCGCGGUGGCCGCCGUGGUGGGGGUCGGGGUGCUCUUGCCGGUGAACUUCAUGGGGGACCAGCUGCGCUUGAUUGACUUCGCCGACAUACCCAACAAGUCCGUGGAUCUCUUCAGCAUCUCCAACGUCCAGGACGGAUCCAAUAAAUUGUGGCUUCACUUUUCUGCUCUGUAUAUCAUAACUGGAGUUGCAUGCUACCUACUGUAUCAUGAAUACAAAUACAUUUCUGGCAAGAGGCUUGAGUAUUUUAUGACGUCAAAGCCACUACCUCAGCAUUUCACAGUUCUUGUUCGAGCUAUCCCUAUAACUGAUGGUGGUUCUGUGUCAGAUGCUGUUGAAAAGUUCUUCAAAGAGUAUCAUUCAUCCACCUAUUUGUCACACAUUGUUGUUCAUCAAACUGGCAAACUUCGUCGCCUGCUUAAUGAUACCGAGAAUAUCUGGACAAAGCUAAAAAACUUAAAAUAUGUACGAUAUCGACCUCCUACUGAAAACCCUCCAAGAAAGUUUCUUGGAUUAUUUGGGGGAAAUGAUCUUCUCGGGAAAUAUCAGAAAAGGCUCGAAGACCUAGAAGAAAAUGUUAGAAUGGAACAAUCAGAUGCUGCUAGGAAACAGGAAAUACCUGCUGCUUUUGUUUCAUUCAAAUCUCGAUAUGCUGCAGCAAAUGCAAUUUACAUUAGGCAGUCAGACAAUCCAACUGAGUGGCAAACUGAGCAUGCUCCUGAUCCUCAUGAUGUUUACUGGCCUUCCUUUUCUACAUCAUUCAUGGAAAGAUGGAUAUCCAAGUUUGUAGUCUUUGUAGCUUCAGUUCUCCUGAUAAUCGUGUUUCUCGUAGUUGUGACAUUUGUUCAAGGACUUACCUAUAUGGAACAACUGGAGACAUGGUUGCCUUUCCUGAGGAACAUUCUGGAAAUAACUAUUAUCAGUCAGUUGGUUACUGGAUAUCUUCCCAGUGUCAUUCUUCACUUCCUUUCCUCUUAUGUUCCAUCAGUAAUGAAGCUGUUUUCGACCAUGCAAGGAUUGGUUUCCGUUAGUGGUAUUGAGAUAAGUGCUUGCAAGAAAAUGCUUCGGUUUACAAUGUGGACUGUGUUCUUUGCAAAUGUUCUUACUGGCUCAGCCUUUCGUCAACUCGAUAUAUUCCUUGAUCCAAAGGAAAUACCUUCAAGGCUUGCAAUUGUAGUACCUGCACAGGCUUCCUUUUUUAUUGCCUAUGUGGUAACUUCAUGGACAAGUAUAACAUCAGAACUCACUCAAACUGCUGCACUUUUCUAUCACUUGUGGGGGAGCUGUGCAAAAUGUUGCAAGAGGGAUGACUCAGAAGCUCCAUCGAUGCAUUACCAUAGUGAAAUUCCUCGUAUUCUCUUGUUUGGACUUCUUGGUCUCACAUACUUCAUUGUAGCUCCGCUCAUCCUCCCAUUUAUAUUGGUUUACUUCUGUCUUGGCUACUUCAUAUUUCGUAAUCAGCUUUGCAACGUAUAUUCUCCCAAGUAUGAUACCGGUGGAAAGUUUUGGCCCAUUGUGCACAAUGCGACAAUAUUUUCUCUUGUGCUGAUGCAUCUGAUUUCAAUUGGAGUAUUUGGGAUAAAGGAAUUUCCACUCGGAUCAAGUCUGCUGGUGCCUCUUCCGGUGCUGACACUUCUGUUCAAUGCAUACUGUGGGAACCGAUUUUUUCCCAUCUUCAAAGCAUACUCUACCGAGUCACUGAUAAAUAAAGAUAAACAAGAGCGAAGCAAACCAGAGAUGGCAGAAUUCUUCAGCAAUCUUGAAACAGCCUACUGUGACCCUGCACUGAAGCCUAUCCAGCGGUCUUCAAACUCUGACGAACGUACUGCGCCACUGUUGUCUUCGGUCUAGAUCCAAGCAAGUCAUGGGUGGCGUCCUGGUUCUCAUGGUGUGGAUUGAUUUGAUUUUGAUGAUCAGGUACAUAACAGUACAGUUGUGCUCCUUGUGUUGUUACACCGCAAAGCAGAAUUUAGGAUAUAGAUUGAUGUAUCACUUUGUUGUACAUUUUUCCAGUGAGUUUGUUGUGCAUAGUAUGAAUAUCAAAUUUUGUGCUUGUUUUGUAGAGAUGAAUAAAAGCAUUGUUCUUUUAAGUUUUUUGUUGGCAAUGCAAACGUUUUGAACCUUCGACAGAAGCUAGGGCUUGCAGUUCCGUGCGAUGUACUCUCACUUAACUGUAUGUUUAUGUGGAUGUUGUUUUACUUCA